AUGCACUUUGCUUCAUACGUAGCCAUUCUAUGGCUGCUUUUUGCUGUCAUUGUUAGCGCAACCGAUCUAUACAAAGUUCUUGAGCUGUCCAAACAUGCAUCGGAGCAGGAUAUCCGUAAAGCAUACAAGCGUCUGAGCAAGCAGUAUCAUCCCGACAAAAAUACGGAUCCAGGGGCUGAGGAGAAGUUCGUUGAUAUCGCUCAUGCAUACGAAGUCCUUUCAGAUUCCACGAAACGCCAAAUUUAUGAUAGGCAUGGUGAAGAAGGGUUAAAAGCACACGAAGGUGGACAACAACAUCACGCUAAUCCUUUCGAUAUAUUUUCCAAUGUUUUCGGUGGUGCUUUCAAUACACAGCAGCAGCCAGUACGCCGUGGACAAACUGUCAUAAUUGAAUUCGAGGUUUCGCUUGCAGAUAUGUAUACGGGUGCCAAUAUUGACUUCACGAUGAGGAAAAAAAUACUUUGUGAUCACUGUCGCGGCUCGGGCGCUGCUUCGGACCGUGACAUUCAUACUUGUUCAGGAUGCGGUGGAUCCGGCAUGAAAACCUUCAAACAGCAAAUAUUCCCCGGUAUGUUUGCACAGACACAGACAACAUGCAACGAUUGCGGUGGUCGUGGAAAGGUCAUCAAGAAACAAUGUCCACAUUGUAAAGGCGAGAAGGUGGUCGAGCAUACGCAACAGUAUACUUUGGAGGUAAAACCAGGUACACCAGAAGGCUUUGAUGUCGUAUUUGAUGGAGAGGGAGAUGAGAGCCCAGACUGGGAGGCUGGUGACGUUGUUUUGAGAGUGCGAAGUAAGAAGGAGAAAGGUGCUUGGCAACGGAAGGAGAGCAGCUUGUACUGGCGGGAGACCAUUGGCAUUGACCAGGCACUCCUCGGAUUUCAACGCAAUAUCACGCAUCUCGAUGGUCAUGUCAUUGAGAUAGAUCGCCAAGGAGUGACCCAACCUGGUCAUGUUCAAACUAUAGAGGGCGAGGGGAUGCCCUUGUAUCAGGCAGACAGUUUUGGCGACCUCUUUAUAGAGUACAAUGUCGUAUUACCUGUUGAACUGGACUCAGACAUUCAUCGAAAACUCGCCGAGACAUUUUAUGGACAAGGCCACCGCGAUAGAGAUGAGCUUUAG